AUGUCGAGGUCAAUACAGCUCAAGGAAGAAGGCAAUCGCCACUUCCAGCAGGGCGACUAUGCUGGCGCGGAGGCCCUGUAUUCCAAGGCCAUCAUUGCCGACCCGAAGAACCCCGCUCUAUACACCAACCGCGCAAUGGCACGCCUCAAGCUCGAGAUAUGGGAUUCGGUUGUGUCCGACUGUGAAUCGUGUCUCGGACUUACAACCGACAACCUCAAGGCCCACUACUACCUCUCCCAAGCCCAGCUCGCCCUCAAGGACUACGAUUCGGCCCUCACGAAUGCACAAAAGGCCCACCAGCUUUGCGUACAGACCGGCGAUAAGUCACUGGCGGCCAUCACCGCUCAAGUGUUGCGCGCGAAGAAGGAUAGAUGGGAUUGGAUGGAGAAGCGGCGAACACGGGAAGCACGACACCUCGAAAACGAAGUCAUUGAGCUGAUGGAGAAAGAACGUGAACAAGCCCUUACGAACGCAAUGGACGACGGGGAAAAGAGAGAGAUUGAGGCUGAAUGGGAGCAAAAGAUCGAGAUACUGAGAAGCACCUUUGAGAAGAGUCGCUCUGCCGAGGAGAAGAGACGUGAGGUUCCGGAGUGGGCCAUCGAUGACAUCAGCUUCGGCAUUAUGGUCGAUCCUGUACUGACAAAGACUGGAAAGUCUUACGAGAGGGCAUCAAUCAUGGAACAUCUCCGUCGUCACCCCAGCGAUCCCCUCACACGCGAGCCCCUACUGCCAUCCGAGUUGAGGCCUAAUCUUGGCCUGAGACAAGCCUGUGAAGAGUUUCUCGAGGAGAAUGGCUGGGCAGUGGACUGGUAG